CAAAUAAUGUUUUUUCGAAUGAUAAUAAACAUUCCUCUUUAUAUACAAAUUUUCUGUGUUUUUUUUUCUUUGAAAAAUUAGCGAAUCUCAAAAUGGAUCAUCCUAUAUAAUGACUAGACAAAAAUGACGCUGAGAACUUGUAUGCAUAAAUAUGUUAUCAAAAGCUCACUGGAGAUUCAGCAAGUCAACGACAAAUUUGUUCAGAGUCAACUUAAAAAUAGUUGGUCAAUUGAUUUGCACGGCAAUAGAUCAGUAAAUUUUAUCAGUUGUAAGGAUUUUUAUACUUUUCUAGAAACAUAAAGAAGUUUAGUUAAAGUAAAAUGGCGGCGAAAGAUUUGAUUUCGUUUGAUAAUGAAGUAUUCAGUGUCUAUGUCUUCUGGUCUGCAGUUUUGGUUGUAAAACUCUUGUUCAUGUCACUGCUGACGGCUAUUCAACGCUUCCGGACAAGGACCUUCGCCAAUCCCGAGGAUUUGAUUGACAAACGUCUUAAAGUGAAAUUCGAUAAUCCCGAUGUUGAACGCGUGCGCAGAGCUCAUCGCAAUGAUCUAGAAAACAUUUUGCCUUUCUUCGUGAUUGGUUUCCUCUACGUGCUGAUCGACCCAACUCCUGCUCUGGCCGUCAAUCUCUUCCGCGCUGUGGGUAUUGCGCGCAUUGUCCAUACAAUUGUCUAUGCUGUUGUUGUUGUACCACAACCCAGUCGCGCAUUGGCAUUCUUCGUUGCUUUGGGUGCAACAGUUUACAUGGCCAUCCAGGUAGUGAUUGCCACCUUAUAAAAAUGCUUAGUGUAUGCAAAGCUAUGAUUUUCACUUUCAAGAGUGAUUUUUGUUAUUGGUAUAGUAAUUAAAUUAGGAACUUUGUACAAUAAUUUUUUUUAGAUAAAAAAAUUGUGAAAUACUUUUUUCAAAUUAAUAAAAAAUAGUAUACAUUCUGUAUGAAAUGUGUAUAUAAAUAAAUAUACAAUAUAUGACA